CGCCCGAAAUUGCCGAAGCGAACGCAACCCUUGCGAGCGCCACCUGAUAUUUGUAUGUAAAUGCGGCUCCAAAUUGUAAUUCUCUGAUCUGCUCCCUUUGAGUAUUAUCACCCUCACUGAUGAUAAGUUAAUCGGUGCCGCGCGAGUGAUGGUUUGUGCGUCUUGAGUUGAUAAAUAUGAUUUGUGCGCCUUGAAGAGAACGAUCGGGAAGACGAGGAAGAUGCCGCGGGCAUUUCUAAUCACGCAUCGCAGGUACAACGGUGCUGAGGACGAGCUAGCAGGAUCCGAAAGAGAUCUCAGUUCCGAGAGAAGCUCGAGGCUGACCGAUUACAGCGGCGGUCAGCCAACUUCCGAUGGCGCCAGCGAGUGCGGCAGCGAGACGUCGUCCGAGUGCCCCGAAGAGCUGUACAAUCUGACGAAACUGGCGGAGGUGAGCCUGGCGGCGGCGGCUGGCACCCUGAUCCAUCACAGCAAUGUCAUCUACCAACGACCGAUGUCGCCCAGAAUCGCACAGCAUACGGAAAAGAGCCGAACACUGGUGUCUCGACCGGUCGCGCAAACGACGGGCAACCAGGGUCAGAUUCUGAGCGAGAGGACAAGGCUCUUUCUCGAAAGGAUCGAGACUGAGCGAGAGAUCCUCGAAGGUCGUUGCGAGGAGAACGCCACCUUGGGAAUUCGUCUCUCGCCGCGACAUCCCACCUGCUCGCAGGAGGAACCGGCUCUGUCGAAGGUACCGGUCAUUUCCGGGCUCAGUGUAAACCCGUCGCCGGUAUCAGUAUCACCGGCGAGUUCCCAGAGUCGACGGACGGCCACCACUGAUCCCAAAGCGGAUCAGGACAACGAGGACCACGAGUGUCCGGACUGCGGCAAGAAGUACUCGACCUCAUCGAAUCUGGCUAGACACAGACAGACGCACAGGUCGUUGGGCGAUAAGAAGGCCAGAAGAUGCCCGCACUGCGACAAGGUCUACGUCAGUAUGCCCGCCUUCAGCAUGCAUGUGAGGACUCACAACCAGGGCUGCAAAUGCCACUAUUGUGGCAAGUGUUUCUCCAGGCCGUGGUUGCUGCAGGGACACAUACGCACGCACACAGGUGAGAAGCCCUUUAAGUGUACCAUUUGCAACAAAGCCUUCGCUGACAAGUCGAACUUGCGCGCCCACAUACAGACGCAUUCGAAUACCAAGCCUCACGUGUGUGGCCGUUGCGGCAAGGCUUUCGCCCUGAAAUCAUACCUCUACAAGCACGAGGAAUCGUCGUGUAUGCGCGCUCACCACCGAUCGUCCGCGGAGAAGCCCGAUCAGGUCGAUCAGCAAACCCCGUCGUCGGUGAAACCGAGUGCUCCGUUAUCCUCGUCCGUGAACAAACCGCAAACGACACCGUGCGUCAUUGCAUCGCCCACCAGCGUCAUAGUUCCUCGACUAGGACCUGAACGAGACCAGAAGAGCUCGUCGUCAGCGUUCUCAGCAAUCAUCAAGCACACCAGGACGACGGACUCGUCCGCGGCGUCUUCAAAGCGGCCUUGCAGAGAAAGAACGCCCUGUCCGGACGAUCACGAGAGGCAAAGCCCGGAUUUAGCGAUGAAGGACCCAGAUUACGUGUCCAGGAUGGUCAUCAGGACGUCGGUGAUAUCUCCCAAUCCGGAGCAUUUGCUCCGUUUCGAAAACGACGUCAAGAGUUCCUCGACUACAUUCGAUUACCCCGAUCCGACCAGGCCUUCAGCUUUCUCGAGGCCCAGCACGAUGACUUUAAAUCUAGCCAUCGCUUAGGAUCAGCUGGUCAAUGCUGAUGUUUACACUAAAUCGGCCAUCUUGAUUUGUAUCUACUUUCUUGCAAAAUUUCACGACAAGUGUCCGCAUUCAUUGUUAUUACUUGACACUCACCUCAAGUGAGAUAUUCAAAUUUGAAUUGAGAAUUAGAUAAGUCUUUUCAGUUGACUCACGAUUAUCAUAGAUAUAAAUAUCACAUGUUAUAGUUCAACUAAAAAACUUAAAUUUAACUCUGAAUAAAAGUCUAAGUAUUUCACAUGAGACAAGUUUCAGGGGACAACUAUUAAUACGGACCAAAGAAUUCUCUGCAAACUCGUGAUUCGAUGGAAAAUUUGUAAGGAAAGAUCUUCUGGCAAAAUUAAAACGCGAUCAGAAACUUUCUUCAAUCGAUAAAUCUGUACAGUGUACAAAAUUAUCGAUGCAAGAUGUCGGAGAUAAAACUAUGGUUCAAACGGAUUCAAUCGGCUACUUGAAGAAGAAAGUUUUGACCAAUGGGGCAAUUAUACAGGAUGUUCCAAAACUGCUGAUACUUCUUUCAACCACUGAUUUCUUUGAAACGACUCAGAGAGACUCAAUCUUUUUCUAACGAGAAUCUGAUUGAGAUUGAAGCGCCAUGUUUUAUCAACGUGUACAAUUUUCGACGAUAAUUUAGUAGCAUUAUGCAUUCUAUAUUGAGAAAAGAGCACUCGAAGUUUAUUUGCGGGAUAUAAUGUUUAUUUCUGUGAGUAAACUUUAUAUCCUACAAAUAAAUUUUCACAUAUUUCGUUCUCAGUAUAUGCAAUCUCGAUGGCGUUUUCCUCAGGCAAGAUAACGAGAAUUGUCCCGUAUAAGCGUCAGUCUUCCUUUCACCGCAAUCGAACGAAGUUUACUUCCGGCAAUGUUAAAGUUGCGAAUUCACGAAGAAUCGACCGAGUAUAUUUGCGUGUGACGAACAUUAUAUUCCAAGCAUCUUCCGAAUUAGGGACCAUCUAGCGAUUAGUCGUAAUAACGUUAAAUCUGUAAGCUGUUGUGUUUAAUUUAGCGAUCCGUCGAUAUGAAGCCGUGCCUUGUGUAACGAAUAUCGGAAUACCGCGUGCGAGCGUGUAUAAUUCGACUUAGUUUCCAUAGGUCCGACGGGAUUGGCGUGCACGGACGUGCGUAGGAAAGAAGUUCCCCGAGGUAUAAGGCCGCCCCGGCGAGAGCGCCUGUGAAAUGCCAAACAUGUGACCUCACCUAUUUAAAGACAUAGCGCCAUCGCCGUGGCGCGGCGUUGAGCGAUCAAAAUUGAUUAUCGACACGAACUAAACACCGCAGUGUGCCUUCGCGUUAUUGUCUUAGAAUUAAAUGACAACGGGUCGAGGCUCUUCGAGGCAGCUAGCAACUCUACGAGAUAUAGAUACGUGUAGCGUGUUCCCGAAGUCUAGUGAAACUAGAGAGGGUGUGUGGAGGUGUACUUUCAUAACUGAACGUUCAGUCAGGUUGUCGCUAACGAAGGAAUUUUCGAAAACGCGACUGCGCGUCGGGAUGCAGCUGUUGCACCGGGACGCUCUCGAAAAACGUAAAGGCGUGUAUCUGUGAUUCAAGAAAUUGCGCGGCCGACUGCCGCGAAAAGCCGGCUCCAGACGAUGACAGUCGUUUGCCAGAGUAGACUCUGCUUAGAAAAUCCGGUAAGAAGAUUAGUAGAAAUAUAUAGGAAUUUCAUUGAAAUAUCAUGUAAUUUAUCUGAACUGAUUAUUAUUUCUCUCGGAAAUAUUUCAAUAUUUCUCACAUUUUAGCUCAUAUAAAACAGUUCAAUUCUUUUUUCAUUUUAUAUUUAACUUAAUUUUAUAUAUUUUUAUUUUAUUUCAUUAUAUAUUAAUUUACUUUUAUAUAUAACGAUUAAAUAUUAUACUAAUUAAAUAUCAUACACUCGUCUCAAGUGAGAUAUUCAAAUUUGAAUUCAGAAUUGGAUGUGUGAGAGUUUUUCAGUUGAAUCACGAUUACAGACCUAAAUAUCACAUGUAUUAUAGUUUAAUUUAUAAAAACUUGAAUCCAACUCUGAAUAAAAAUUUGAAUAUCUCGCAUGAGACAAGUUUCAGAUGACAACUAUUAAUAUAGGCCAAGGAAUUCUCUGCAAGCUCGAGAUUCGAUCUUGCAGAUGGGGUAUAAUAAUAUGCUAAAUAUUUCUCUAAAUAUACAUGUGUUUUUCUGUGUAAUUUUAUCACUUUUUACCAAAAGCAUGGUUCAGAUUUUUCUUGUGUAAUUCUGCUAAAUCUUCUAAGCAGGGGACGCGCUCAAAUAUCAUUGCAGACAGCAAUCGUGAAGAAUACCUCAUAUUGAGAGAAAAAUCUAAAGAAAUAGCAAAUCUAAAUAGUAAAAUCUAAAGAAUAGUAAAUAUUUCUUUGGUGAAUAUUAACAGCAUAUUUAUUUCAAUCUAAAAUCUUUUAUUUAAAUAGAGUAAAGACGCAGAGUUGCUUUUAUGAGAAGCUAAGGUUUCCUUAAGGUGUUAAGAAAGUGCAUAUUUUCUUAUUUGAAACAUAUUUUAUAUAUUAUUACAAGUAAAUAUAUACCCACCGAAUAAAUAUACUCGCUAUCUUUUAGAUAUUUUUUUCUCUCAGUGUAUAUCGAGUCAUGCGUACCCCUCGUCAUUCUGAUUAUAAUUAUACUGUUCACGUUGACAAGUAUUGUACAAACCACACAGCACACAUACACAUCGACUGGCGAAUGUAUUUGUUAGAUGAGCGCAUUGUUUGGAGCCCUGGCAUAGGUUGCGCGUUCUCCAGCGGCGAAAUACUAAUUAUAUAACGACGAUAAAUAAGUCUUCGAUACCACGUGAAUGUGGUGUCGAUCAGAGUGUCGAGCUAGUCGAACCCGUCCCGCCAUCGCGAACGUGAUCCGCCGUCGUGCCCUCGGGAUUUGCGAUUUGCAUCGCGUCGACGGCGAAUUGUCGGUCGUCAGCACAUGUCCUUCCCGCGGGGAUUCCGCGAACGGCACGGAUUGCGCGAAUUACGCGAAUGGUGAACGGUUAUGAUAAAGAUUUCGCGUAAGUGUAAAAUAACGUUGUCGCGCGCAAUGAGAUCGAUCUCGUUUGCGCGUUUGUGUCGAGGAAUUACCGCUCGCGGCUGUACAAUUGUAAUUAGCGAACGAUUCGGACAUUUCACGUCCUAGUCAUUUUGAUUCGAUAGAUCGCCCGCGAGAGGAGAAUAGGGAAACCCUCCCCUGCCUCGCUCUUCCCCCACCCCUCUCUCCCCGGUCUAGCGUGAAUAACGUAGUCGUGUUGAGACCGAACGUUGUAAAUAGCAUUCCCACUUUUACGUAUUAGAAUUUAGACACGAGAGAUGCCAGUCGGUGCCAGUCACUUUUAGAUAGCUCGAUUUUAUUACGCCCGUUGUGUAUGUAUCGUAUGUACUACUACUUGUACACCGGAGUGCCUUUAUGCAAAAAGAAAAAAAAAAGAAACAUUUACCCACCUUUUUUUACGAAUUAUGAAAGUCUUGUCUAUCGUAAUGGGAGAAAAUAUACGAGAUGAUAUGUAUAUGUUUUCCUUGUCAUUUCUCUCGCGCUGCCUCCUCACGUCGAGCGCGUUUUAUCCGAGUGAACUUCGCGCUGUCGCGUGUUAAUCCGAAGAAGUAGGAUUGACGCGUGAUAACGAAGUCAACUCGGACGAUGAAGUUGUAUCGCGUUCCCUCGGAAGUCGUGUCGAAGCAAUUUAACUCCGUACCUAUAUCGGAUUGCAAUACGCGCAUUCGCAUAAAGCUGCCCGUUCAACUCGUACGUCUCUCGCUUUUUUACGCGUAUUGAGCCCAUUAUCGCGCCGAUGAACCGUACGAUCGCUAGCUACGCCUGGCAGUGGGAUAAACAACGGCUAACUCUGUGCUUAACAAAUAGAUAUUGGACUCAAUAAUUAGGGCAACGGAGGCGAAAGUGACCAACCGACAAACGAUGUACAUUUAUGUCUUCAGAUACACAAGCGAGGGAACAUUCUCUCGCAUAUUAAUCGAACUAACACGCUCGGAAGUAGUACGAAAGAAUUCGCGCGAAAAGAAUUUGACUGUCAAAUUCGUUAUCUAUCUCUCUGAGCCCGGUAAAUUAACAGUAACAUUGCAUCAAUUAUAAUUUCCGAUUCAGCGAUGGAACUGUUGUACACAACACGAGGUUAUAUUGAACUUACAUUGUCGUGUUGAAAAUUAUAAUAUUGACGUAAUGUUACGGUGAAGAUGAAUUAGUGACCGUUUAGUGUCCCGAUUAGUGACAAUUGCGUCCGUUUUUUCUUAAUAAAUCUUAAUAAAUUCUUUGAAGAAGUUUUCUUGAUUAAAAGUAAUACGGACCCCAUAUAUUUAUCCUGAACAUAUGUGUACCCUAAAUUUAUUAAGUAAUAUAAUAUCAUCAGUUAUAACAGGUUUCGAAGUGGAAUUAAAAGUCAUAAUAAAUGCUGGAACAUCAUGAUUUUACAAGCGUACUGCUGACGACGAUAGUUUGAACACUUACUCGUCGACGUCUUAAAACUUGACAGUUAAUAUCAUAAUGUCAUAUGUUUGUUAGAUCUGUGUAGUUAUUCUUUAAUUUCAAAUUAUUGAAAUUGGUCAUGUUAUAGUUGAGAGAAGGUUAAAGAAUAUUUUUUAUAAGCAGAGAAAAUAACAAAUGUAAUUUUCAUAAUUAAUUUAUGUCACUAAUCGGUAUUAGGAUAUUUAUUUAUCCCCAUUAAUAACGAUUUGAAUAAAUAUGAUAUGAAAUAAUAUGAACAUUCCUAUUUUUAAAAAGAACGUAUGGUAAAUCUUAUUUAUUAUAAAAAUUAAGAAAUAACAUUAAUAUUAUAACUUACUCCCCAGAAUUUAUUAAUGAGCACAAAUAUGAGUGAUAAGCUUAUAAAUUGCCAGGUUUAAGUCAAUAAUAAGUUAAUAAUAAAUUCAUAUUUCUAUAUCGCGAUUUGUAAUAUUCUUCGAACGACUGCUUCGAACGAAUUUAUUAUUUUUUAUUAAUAAAUUUAUAUAUUUCUUUAUUUUUUUACGAUGAGGUUACUUGUGGUCACUAAUUAGGAUAUUCACCUCAAUUGAUGUUUACUGGGAAACUCAACGCGCGAAAACUUUAAUGAGUAUUUCGUGAUAGAAAGAUGAAUUAUAUAAAUAAAAUAACGAUAUUAUUAGAAACGUAAUAGAUAAAGUAUUUCCGUAAGAUUGGAGCUUUUCGGUGUUUGGUCAAAGAAAAAUAGAAAAAGAAAAUUCUUGAUCUGUCACAAGAUAUUCGUCUUCCUGCAAUACAUCUCCGUAUCACAUAUAUAGUGACCUCUUAAUUCAAACUUCUUUUUUUCCAAGUGCAAUACGAUGAUACCUCGAGUCGGCGACAGCUUAUGAGCCGCGCAUUUUUCGGUAACGAGAUCCACAGUGACAAGAUGAGACUAAACGAGAUAGCGUUAUACACACGAGCGUUUGUACGCACUUACAUCACGAAACGCGUAUACUCGCACUUCCCAGAACUUCCUCCAACGAUUCCUUCUCCCGCCUCGUCGCGGUCACAUAGAUCCUUAUGGCUCCCAACUCCGUGGGCCUGACUAUGAGACCGAAGAAGAGACGUAAAGGAAGAAGCGAAUAAAGCCAGUGGGAGUCAGUGCCGCGGCAUCUAGCAGGGUUGGAUCAUCGUCCGGACAUCAGUCGUGAAGAACAUCCCGCGCAAGGCUCGAGCCAUGUGGCUGUACCUCGUCGUUUUGAUCUUACUCUCAAGCACAGUACUCGCGCGAUACCACG